AUGAUAGGACUUGGACACUGCCCCAUCCCUUCACGCAAGUCCGACACCAACGACGGGUCGGGUGAAUUCCAGCACAAGCGACCACGACGCGAUACACAUGGCAGGGCGUGGGAUGGCGCCCCUCCAGGUGGGAAAUGGUGGGGCUGGGAAUCUAGGGGAUCCAAGUCGCGACUGGUAUGUGGCCAACUACUUCCCCGCCGUUACAAGAUGUUGCUCUAGUAGCAUAGGUAUUACAGAUUUGCUAUUUUGGAUUGCCGUAGGUAGUUACUGUACUCACUCCCUUGUAAAUAUUCUUUAUAUUAGAAAUAUAUUGGCGCCAAAACUGC